GUCGCGCGGCUAACCGAGGCGAGUUAGUGAAACGUGGAAAUUAUCCCCGUAGAUUUCGGUUCCGGGAAAAGUAGAUGUAAAAGCCAAAGUAGAUUCUAUAUGUACAGUUCUAUCAGCAGUGACUUAUUGUCAGAUUGUGUUAAUGUUUAUAUGUAGAUAUACAAGGUUUGAAAUGUAAAUGGUGAGAAUUGUUUCAUAUGACUUGGAAAGUUUUUGAAGUUAGAAAACUCCAAUACAAAGCUAAUACUAUCCCAACCAUCCAUUCCUCGUUACUCAUACGUAUAUAUAGGUUCGUCACGAAGGAGGAAAUGCAACUUCUCCAGCGUCUUUUGAAGACCGAAGCUAACCGAAAAAUGUUGUGAAGUGCGACCAGAGAAUUGAGAGAGAGAGAUUUUUUUUCUUCUCGGGAUUGACACCAAGUGCGCCAUCUCUCCUGGGAGAAAUUAUACGUAUAUUUCUUGGUAUGAUUAGUAUCACUCAAGAAUUCACGUAAAAGGGAAAUAUAGAUACGUAUAUACAUAUAUAUAUACACCUUUUUCUCUACCAAAAUCGUAAUAGCUUUGGAUGUCAGAGGGAAAGAAACCUGCACAUUUCACGUCAUGACGGCACCACCCAAGCGGCUGAGGAAAAGAAAGUCUCUUGCAAGGAUCAUUCUCGCACACUUCUGCAGCAGCAAAGACUGGCUUUCACCGGAUCCUCGGAGUCGCUCCUGGCCCGUGACAGUGAUCCAGUUUUAACACGAGUUAAAGUUAGGAAAUUUAGUUUAUCUUUGGGAAGUGUUUUUAUUAAAAGAUAAAAUAAAAAUAAAAAUAAAGUGUUAUAGGUAAGAAAAUAGUCUCUUGAUAACAGGUUUGGUAAAAAAAAAAAAAAAAAAAAAAAAAAAAGAGAGAAAAAGAAAUGUGUGUAUGACAUUGAUAUCGUAGGAAAAUAGUCAAAGACGGGAAAGAAAACGGAAAGUUGAAAUUGUGUUUUUACAAAUACAGAAAACGGGUUAUGGUGUGUGGACGCAUGGGUAACUUCUACACUUUUUGGAUAAUGGUUCUAGCCGUCAUAACCCAGAAAGGCUGCGGGCUUCGCUUCCAGAAGUUUCGUGUGCGGCCGGAGAGCGUCGCCGCGCGUGAGGGAGAGGACGUGACUCUACUGUGCGUCGUGGACAAUCAGCAGGGCAAGGCUCAGUGGACCAAGGACGGAUUCGCUCUCGGCUUUCAACGUGACGUGCCAGGCUACCCUCGGUAUUCUUACCUAGGUGACCCGAGGCUAGGUGAGCACCACCUCGUCAUCAAGAGCGUGACCCUGACAGAGGACGGGGAAUACCAGUGCCAGGUUGGACCCACAGACAAGACCCCUCUCAUCUGGGCAGCUGCCAACGUCACUGUGUUAAUGGCGCCUUCAAGUAUAACAAUUGUGGGCUGGGGUUCGGGCGCUGUGGUCGAGGUGGAGGCAGAUUCUGAAGUGGCACUCGAGUGCUUGGUUUCAGAUGCCCGGCCGGCGCCGCAGGUGUCGUGGUUCAAGGACGGGCUGGAGGUGAAUCCAGGUGAGUCUUUCAAGAUCAGACUUAAGGUUAUAUGA